AUGGCAUCUGGCCAAGAGAAGGAUAUGGCAAGGGAGGAAGGGUCCACUGCACCUAAUGAGGUGGUGAACAAUGCUGCUGAGAUUGACCUCAAUCAAGAUGAGGCAAUGGCUGACAUUGAGUUGGAUGAUAUUGAGGACUUGAACCUGGACCUUGGAGAUGAGCAUAACCAUGGUGAAGCUGAGAACCAUGAUGAAGUUGAGCACCAUGGUGAAGCUGAGAACCAUGGUGGCACUAACAACCUUGGGGAAGAGGAUAACACCGGUGGAAAGGAGGCCACUGGUGAUGAAAAUGACUUCACUGAGGGUGAAGGCACGACUUAUCCUAUCUCCGAGGAGAUUGUCCAGCUCCAGGCUAAGGUGGCAACUCAGAAUAUCACCAUCCUGCAGCAGCAGACGUCCAUUGAUGGACUCAAGAAGCACACUCAGAACCUCGAGGCUAGACUAAGCAUUACCAUGAAGGAGGAAUAUGCGGUCGAGUUUGAGGCUGCAGCACGCUUGCUCCAAAAGCCCUUGGCUGAGGAGGAGAUGAUGCACAUCUUCAUGAAGGGCCUCCCUGUCAACCUGCAGCAGGCACACAUGACCGGCGGCAUGACCAAUUGGUCGACUUACAAGGAGAUGAAGGAGCAGGUGAUCAAAACCGACAACAUCAUUCGCACGUACAUUUUUGGCCCCGAAAAGACAAGCCUGCAGCCCCGUGCUGAGGGCUCUGGUGGUCAUGGGAACCGGCCCCAGAAUGCGAAGGGUGGAAGCGGUUGGAACAAAAGGCCUUUCCAGCAGCGUGAUCACCAGCCUGGCCCACAGGCCAAGAGGCCUAACGGAGGGGGAGGUCAUGGACCUAACAAGCCGGACUUCUCCGACAAGCAGUGCAGAGGCUGUGGAAGGAUGGGGCACGGCGUGGUGGCGAAGGAUGUGUUCACGGUGUCGUACCAUGGGGGGCCACUGGAUGAUGAGAUGACUAUGCUCACACUCAACGCCCUCAACUACACUCUCUCCCGGCCAGACAUCGAAGCAGAGGAAAGCUACUAG